AGAUCGAGGUCAAAGAUUCUCUCUCUCUCUCUCUCUCUCUCUCUCUCUCUCUCUCUCUCUCUCUCUCAGUUCGAACGGCUUCUCUGUUUGCCGGCUCUCCAUCACUAAACGCACUUCGACGACUCAGUGAGUGAUGGGGUGCGAUACGCGCUACGAGAUCCACCAAAACGCCUACAUCAAGCUCGUCCUCCAUGCCCUCAAGCACAAAUCUUCUGCCGUCAACGGCGUUCUCCUCGGCCGUCCCUCACCCGCCGGCGACGCUGUCGAAGUCACGGAUUCAGUCCCUCUCUUCCACUCCCAGCUUGGACUCCUCCCUCCUCUUGAGAUCUCCCUCAUCAUGAUAGAGGAGUACUAUGGUGAUAAGGGUUUGAGUAUUGUUGGGUACUUUCACGGCAAUGAGCGUUUCGAUGAUUCCGAGCUCGGAACUGUUCCAAAGAAUAUUGCUGAUCACAUCUACCGAUAUUUUCCUCAAGCUGCUUUGCUUCUGUUAGAUAACAGGAAGCUCGAAGCUUUGCCCAAGAGUAAAGAUAGGAGUCCUGUGAUGCAGCUGUAUACAAAGGACACUUCUAGGAGCUGGAAACUCGUAGGAUCAGAUGGAAACAAUCAAUUGACAAUUAAGGAGCCAUCAGCAAACGUAGUCCUUUUAGAUUAUAUUUCGUCAGAGAAAUGGAAAGACAUCAUAGACUUUGAUGACCACCUCGAUGACAUUAGCAAGGAUUGGCUGAACGAGGGACUCUUCAAGUGAAAUUUCCACUGAGGAAGGCAAUUUUCUGUUGUUAAAUUGGGGUUGCUUUGCUUGCCUCUGUUUUCUUAGAAGGAAUGUACCCUUUAAAAAGUGGCAAUUAUGAUGAAAGAUCAAGGAUAUUGUAGAAGAAAAAGGAAACUGGGGAGGGGCUUGGUUUAAGAACAAUGAUCUUUUUUUUUUCAGUUUGAUACUGUUAUUAAUAUUUUUUUUUUAAAGAAUGUUAAUCAGUUUGAUGUUUGCAAUUGAAGAGGAAAAACCAAUUUAUUGUUUCUCAUGCACUGAAUUGGAAAUGAAUUGAUAAAUUAAAGUU